AUGAGCAGGGUGCAAAGGGGUAAUGGAGGUGGUGAUGUUGGAGGUGAGGUGAGCAGGAGUUCCACUGCCGAUUUGUCCAGCCCGCCUUCCGAGCCGGAACGACCACAAUCCUUUCCGUCACCCUCACAACAACUUUCAAGCCAUGAAGCUGCCCAAUUUGCAGACUCAACCAUCCGCGUGGAUUAUUAUGGUGGUGAGAACCAUACAUCUACCCCACCAGCCACAGCCACUAUAGGCCGCACCUCCAAUCUGCAAUCUCAGCCACAACCACCACCACCACCACCCCCUCUUCAGGCCUUCAAAGAUGAAAAGCCAAAAAUAAAAAGGCCACGCAAAAAACCAGUCAUUGCUGAUGCUGAAAAGGACAAAAAGGAAAAGACUGCACGGAAACCACGCGCCUCUGCUGGGGCUGCAGGGUCUGCACGAAAAAAGGCCAAGCUGGAAAUUCCAGCAGCAAUAAGCAUUGUUGCAAAUGAUGGUCAAUCUAAAAUUUCGGAUUUUUCAGCCCCGCACCCAUCCACACUGACUACUGCGGCGGCUAACCCAGCCCCCACAAAUCCUGGGAAUUACCCGAUCCGGACUCAUGAUACAUCAACAGUCGAUGCAUAUCCUACCACCCCACAUCAAACCCCUCAACCAACCUCGCCAGCGCCUGUUUCGAGAUUGAGCUAUGAUCCCGUCCGAUCAAUGAUGGUGGAGCGGAAUCCUGCGCCGAGGGUCUACAGCACCGCGCCGCCUACCACGAGCACCCCUUCGAAAGCAGUACCACUACGGACAAGUGCAUCUCCUGUUACUAUUUCACACAUCAUUGAUGCACCCGCAAAACCUAGUCCGCAAGCACAACCUUCCGGCGGUCAAGCUAUCGCAACCGAACCGCUCAACGGACAGGCAACGCCCAAGGAAGGAGAUGCUUCUGCGAUAGAAAUGGAUUCAUCAUUGUCAAAACCUACAAAUCAGACGAAGAAGCCAUCAUCUGGGACUCCGUCUAAUGCACCUUCUCCGAAACCUGUACGUGCCAAAGAACAGCCGCCGCCGUUGUUGCCUCAGGGAUCUGGACUGCUCUCGUCCGCAUUGUUCGGAAAUACAGCAACCGAAGCAGGGACAUCUUCAGAACAGGCACCGGAUAUCGUAGUGCAUGUAAAGCUCAAGGAAAACGACAAUAACAUUAUCAACUUUGCUCAGCUUGCGGAACAGAAGUAUGGCUUUGCUGCUUUACAUCCUCGUUUGGCCGCCCAGAAAGAGCGAUUAGCUCGCGUUGCUGCUGCCGGCGCCGCGUUGGAGAAGUCUGCCAAUGGGCCACGACUUGGAGGAACAUCUGCAGGCGAGAGUGGGGAGGAUGAUGUCAGUGUUGACAUCGACCGAGACUCAGACAAUGAAGGAGACGUCGCGAUGACCGGGGUCAAUGGCGGCGGCACUGGCGCCAACAGUGGCACCGAUGUAAAUGGACACAAAAAGCGGAGGAGAAAGAAGGUCGAAGAGUACGAUCAAGAUGACCCAUUCGUGGAUGAUAGUGAGCUGGCAUGGGAGGCGCAAGCUGCGGCGGUCAAGGAUGGGUUUUUUGUAUACUGCGGUCCUCUGGUGCCGGAAGGAGAGAAGCCAGCAGUAGAACGUGCUGACGGAACUGUCAAACGUGGUCGUGGCCGUGGUAGGGGAGGGGGAGCUGGCUCACGAGGCGGACGAGGUGGAGCAGCAAUCGCCGCCGCUACAGCUACUAAUGGUGAGGGUAGUGGCAGCCGCAAUGCUGGUCCCGGAUCUCGUGGAGGUACAACGACUCGGAAACCCAGGGUGACCAAAGCUUCACGUGCGAUGAUGGAAAGAGAGAAGCAGGAUCGUGAGAAGAUGGCGCCACUGGCAGCAAAACCAAGUGGGUACCAAAAUCCCGGCUGA